AUGGAUGUCACGGGUGCGCAGUCGGAGCGUUCUUACCUCAAGCAGAAGCCCAUCUUCGAGAACAAGAAGCGUGUUCUCGGCCAGCGCGCCAAGUCGCAGGACCUCCGCUUUGUCAAGAGCGUUGGUCUUGGCUUCAAGACUCCCAAGGAGGCUCGUGAGCUCAAGUACAUUGACAAGAAGUGCCCCUGGACCGGCGAUGUCAGCAUCCGCGGCCGUCUGCUCACUGGUGUUGUGAAGACCCUGAAGAUGCAGAGGACGGGUAUCAUCCGCCGUGACUACUUGCACUACAUCAAGAAGUACAACCGUUUCGAGAAGCGCCACAAGACCCUGCCCGUCCACGUGUCGCCUUGCUUCCGUGAUAUCGCCGUUGGCGACCAGGUCACCGUGGGCCAGUGCCGCCCUCUCUCCAAGACCGUGCGAUUCAACGUGCUGCGCAUUGCUAAGAACAGCGGUGGUAGCAAGAAGUUCUCCAAGUUCUAA